UGAAGAUCAUACCUCUUGCUUGCACGCCGAGGCCUACUUAAUUUACAAACGCAUUUUCUUUUGUAAAGUGUUAUUUACAAAUGAAAAUAUCUGAUUUUAAUAGAAAUUUUUUAAUAAGUGAAACCAUACAGAGGUGGGAAAUAAAUAAAAAUGACAAGAAAUAUGAUUAGGAUUUUUAUUAAAUUAGGUAGCCAGAUAAACAAAAGAUGUUGAACAAGGCGCGAUGGUUGAUGCUGGUGAUAGCCGCGCUGACACUGCAGUCACGAGGAGAAGGUGGGAUAAGAUUGCCAGACCAACCCCCACAGGAGGAAGGCAGGUCAUUGCACUUUGAUGACAAUGGAAGAUCGCCGCAAGCACAAGGACGUGGCCUUUUGGACUGGAUAGGCCUUGGAGAAGACCAAGAUCCUUACAUUCAGAAGGCGACACAGCAAUGUAUAAGCGGUGAUCUUGCCGACUGUUUCAAGGCGCAAGCGUUGAAAUCCUUUGACGAUUUCUUCGAUAAACAAGCUUACCAGUUAUCAGAGAAUGCAGUAUUAGUGAAAGUGGAGUCUCAGGCCAGAGCGCUUGCUCACGAGCCUCCUGAAUUCGGCUCACAGCCCCGCAGCGAUGACUCCGACUGGGACGGCCUAGUUAAAUAUGGAUUAAGAAAAAUUGAAAGAUUUCUACGUUCAUCCGCAUUGGAAAUGCAGCUUGACAAUGAAGUGACCUCAGGUGGAGUUAUCGCGCCACGGUUCAUUGACGAGAUCGCCGACGAAGUUGACAUAAUUGAAGACAAAAAAGCGCCUCCAUUCCGUCGUCAUAAGCUGAAGAAGCUAAUCAUCCCAAUGCUGUUGAUCUUGAAGCUGUUCAAGCUGAAGCUACUUCUCUUCCUGCCUCUUAUCCUGGGACUGGCCAGCUUCAAGAAGUUCCUUGGUUUCAUGGCUCUUAUUAUUCCAGGCGUUAUCGGCUACUUCAAGUUCUGCAAACCAAACCUGACUUCACCGUUUUCGUCAAACCAUUUCUCGGCUCCUCAGUACUCUCCAGCUGGCAUUGGCCUUGGACCAUACAGAGAGCCUCAGUACAGUCAUUAUGAUACUUAUGCUGGACACAAAUAUGGUCAACCUUCGGGCGGCGUACUAUUCCGAGAACACGAAGGAAACCCACAGGAUUUAGCGUACCAAGGAUGGGAGUACAGAAAUAAGAAGGGAUCAGACGACAUUAAGGCUGAAGAUGCAUAAUUCUAAGCACUAACUUCUAUAAGGGAAACUAAAA